GUGUACCGAUACGUGGUUAUCCUCCUGGCGUUGUAUGAUCAGAUUCGAUGGCUACGGAAGUGCCUGAUGACGUGGGUAGCACUGUACCAGAAGUAUGGCAUCAAAGCAUUCAAUGGCAAAGUCAGCGGAGUCUAUAUUCUGACGUCACCGACCUGCAAAGCGCAAUACGUGGGCCAGACCAAGCGAGCAGCUAACGAACGAUGGAAGGAACAUCUAUCAGUCUGUGGGCAGGCACGUAAGCAGACACACCUAUACAGAUGGUGGCAAGUCUUCGGAGCUGAGUCAUACGUAUUACUACCAAUCGAUGCAUGUUCCGAUUCGGAACUGCUACCCCUCGAACAAUUGUACAUCCGCCGAUGGUCACCAGUCCUGAACACUACAGGUAAGCAGGGCAAGGGAGUUAAGACAGGGCAACGGCGGCGAGGUAAAAGGGAACGGGGGAAGGGCGAUGGACUAGGGCAUGCAAGUGACAAGGUAGCUUCAAUAGUACCGAUCAGAGCAAAGAUCCACGAGACUGGCGACUGGAGUAUAGACGUGUAUCAGCUAUUGGACUCGCAAAAGGCGAUAGAGUGUCGUGCAUUCUCGUUGACCUUUGAGCAGGGAAAUAGCUGGUGCGGGGGCUGGAGGGCGGUUAAGGCAGCUUUUGGUAAGUCAAAGUUGACUAUUGGGGAUCAACAUAGGGAACUACGCCAUUGUAGGAACUACAUGGAAGAAGAAGGGAUUGUUGAGGUGGUCCGUUUGGUUAAAUGGAAGCCCAAGGCGGGACCGGAUAGGAAGUUUUUGUGCUCUUUGUACCGUAAUCAUAAUCGCAUGGAGAUUUUGAGGAGGUGUGAUCUAGCUGUACUGAUUAGAUUGAUCAAGUCGGCGGGUGAUUUCCAGAAAGUGGCCUCGGUUGCCUUCCUACGACGCAUCAUAGUACGAGCAAUCAAGGUAAACUACGGAUGGAGUAUGAAUGCUAAGUUGGUCGUAAGAUUGAAGUUCGAUGACCGAAUUAGAUUAGUUGAAGUACUUAAGUUAGUUAACGAUAAGAUCGAAGAGUUGGACAUUCCAGCAUGUUUGAAAGAUGUUGCACGGGGUAUGGUUCGGAUCAUAUGGGUUAAAAACCCGUCGGUAGUCAAUAUGCUGCACAAUAAGCGGCGUUACGCCAAAGCUGAGGUGCUGACCUGCACUUGUGCAGGCCUCCCCUACCCUCACGUAGGAGACCACGUGCGCUUCCGCCUGCAUGAACAAGAGGGGAUCAACCCCAUGAUCUGUCACGCUAACAACGUACCGAAACUGGUUAUUUCGGAUAGGGAGAAUCUGCUAGUACAAGAGGUAGCCGCGGGAUUCACUACGUGGAUCAACCGGGGGAACAGUGAGGUGAUGGUACGAAGAUCGGAAGUUUGGAAGUGCAUGUCGAGGAACGGCGGGGAAGGCAAAAACCAUGCAGCGAAGUAUUUGGAUUCUAAGGAGGUGGAGAUCGUAAAAGCGAAUUUGGAAGGCUUGGUGAUCACAAGUCUCGAUCGGAACCCGGGUGAAACAGUAGCCAUGUGCCUCAAACUGUACUUCGAGGCCAUGAUGGAUACCUUCGUACUGUCACCCGGAUAUACGAUCGUGCAGGAGAGGGAGGAAGACAUUUUGGGCAAAAUGAAGUCGGAGGCAAAGGAAGUGGGUCUGCAACAGUUUGUGAGGUGGGACAAAAAAUGAAAGAUGGGGAAUGCCUAUGUAUUGCCGAAACACAAGGAUCUCUCAAGAUUUAGACCAAUAUGUCCUACCUUCUCAUAAUCAACGGUUCGAACAUGC